AUGAGCACCGCCAAAGAGUCUGAAAGUGAAGCAGAAUUCACAUUGAUGAACGAUGAAGUUCAAAUAACGCCUUGCGUAUUUCCGGAAGAAGACAUUGAGAAGCAUACCAGCCAUAAAAACGAAACUCUACAUGCGGCUCCAAAGCCACAUCAAGGAGAUGCGCACAACACUAUCGAUUGGGAUGGACCUGAAGACCCUCAAAACCCAAUGAAUUGGUCUUCAGCAAAGAAAAUCACUAACAUCGGUACAAUUUCAGUUCUUGCUUUUCUGUCGCCUCUUGGAUCCACCAUCACAUCACCAAUGAGCUCAGACAUCAUGUCAACAUUUGGUAUAACGAACACGACAAUAGAAGCCUUCAUUACCUCUGUUUACCUCCUCGGCUACGUCUUUGGGCCCCUAUUGCUUGCUCCCCUAUCCGAGAUAUACGGCCGCACGAUUAUCUACCACACCUGCAACUUCGGGUUCCUCAUAUGGACCGUUGCUUGCGCACUCUCCAACAACAUCAUCUCCCUUAUUAUAUUUAGGUUUCUCGCCGGGCUUGCUGGGAGUGCCCCGAUGACAAUUGGGGCGGGAUCCAUUGCCGAUAUGAUCCCAUUACACAAAAGAGGGCUUGCAAUGAUGGGCUGGAUCAUGGGGCCAGUGCUGGGGCCUGCGUUCGGUCCACUAAUCGCCGGAUAUCUUGGCCAGGCUAAAGGUUGGCGAUGGAAUUUCUGGCUGGUGUCAAUGCUUGCUGGUCUCGUUUUUCUGGGAAGUCUGUUACUCCUCCAAGAGUCAUACCCCUACACGAUUUUAAAAAACAAGACACAAUGCUUACAAAAAGAGACCGGCAACCGAUCCCUGCGUUCCUCUCUUGAUAGUGGGAAAGACCCAAAGAAACUUCUACAAGUAUCUAUCGUUCGGCCUCUCAAGAUGCUUAUUUUGCUGCCAAUCGUUACCUUACUCUCUCUCUACAUGGCAACAAUGUACGGGUAUCAAUAUCUCAUGUUCACGACAUUCCCACGAGUUUUCGAAGGGACUUGUGGGUUUUCCAAGAGCGGCAUUGGGCUGGUAUACUUGGGGAUUGGAGUGGGCUUCCUUUUCGCCUUAGUUCUAAGCGCGGUGCUUUCAGACCGGCUUGUCAAACAACUGGCGAAAGCAAAUGGCGGAGAGGCAAAGCCCGAGUAUAGACUGCCGCUUUUGUUUGUAGGCGCGGCGCUUGCGCCCAUCGGCUUGUUUCUAUACGGUUGGACUGCUACCAAGAACAUCCAUUGGAUUGUUCCAAUCAUCGGAUCUGCAUUUUUAGGAGCUGCGUCAUUCACCAUCAUAAUGCCGUCGUUAGCAUAUCUUGUGGAUGCUUACACCCCCUAUGCCGCUUCAGCGACCGCAGCGGCUAUUGUUUCCCGCUCUCUCCUGGGGGCACUGCUUCCUUUGGCAGGAAACAGUAUGUACGAUGCUCUUGGGGUGGGAUGGGGCACAUCGCUUCUAGGUUUCAUUGCGGUGGCUUUUGCUCCAAUUCCUCUAGUCUUCUGGAAGUAUGGGGAGAGCAUCCGAACCAGCGGCAUCUCUCAACGUCGCCUGUAG